AUGGAGUUUAACGCUUUUGCUGAACAGAUUCGUUCUGGGCGCCAGGCCAAGUUUCCUGCCAACGCAAACACCGUCUCGUUUGCGCAGCAGCUCGACGCUCAAGACAAACUUGCGUAUUUGCGCAAUGAUUUUAUCAUUCCGACCAAAGCAUCUCUUAAGAAGAAGUCUUUGACCGGAACGCUCCCUAACAAUCAACUUCUCAACGGCCAUGCAAACGGGGUCAAUGGCACCAACGGAGCGCAUUCAUCAGCCGAAGAUGAUUUGACCCCAUCGGUCUAUUUUUGUGGUAAUUCACUGGGAGUUCCGCCCAAAGCGGUCAAAGAUUACAUCCUUGCUCAGUUGGAGACCUGGGCAUCAAUUGGGGUGAAUGGCCACUUUCAGGGACUCGAGAACUCACCCCUUGUUUGCUGGCAAGACAUGGCUGAGGAUGUCGCGAAGAAAAGCGCCGCCAUUGUCGGCGCCUUACCCGAAGAGGUUGUCAUGAUGAACACCUUGACCGCGAACUUGCACUUUUUGAUGGCCAGCUUUUACCGACCGACGGAGAAGAAGCACAAGAUUAUCCUUGAAUGGAGGCCAUUUCCAAGUGAUCACUAUGUGAUCGAAUCGCAGAUCCAGUGGCACGGAUUGGAUCCGUCCAAGUCGAUGGUCCAGAUUCAGCCCGAUGAAAACUUCUACAUCUCCACUGAUCUCAUUCUGAAGACCAUUGACGAGCAUGCUGAGGAGACAGCCCUCAUCCUGCUUCCUGGUAUACAAUACUACAGUGGCCAACUCUUCGAUAUGCCUCGGAUCACCGAAUAUGCGCAAUCCAAGGACAUUGUUGUCGGGUGGGACUUGGCUCAUGCUGCUGGAAACGUCGAGUUACAGCUACACGAUUGGAAUGUUGACUUUGCGGCCUGGUGUACAUACAAGUACCAGAAUGCUGGACCCGGGUCAAUGGGCGGCGCGUUUGUGCACGAAAGACACGGGAAAGUCGACACCAGCGAGGGCAAGCCCAAGUUCCGCCACAGACUUACCGGCUGGUACGGUGGUGACAAGUCGGUUCGCUUCAACAUGGAUAACAACUUCCUCCCUACCGUUGGCGCUGGUGGUUUCCAGGUCUCAAAUCCUUCAGCCAUUGAUCUGGCCUCACUCUCGGGUGCACUUUCGGUUUUCAGCAAGACCUCCAUGGCUGACUUACGAACGAAGUCCUUGGUGCUUACUGCGUAUGCAGAGCAUCUUCUUGAUGGCAUCUUGGCAGACGACACUGAUAGCGAACCCUCAUUCAGAGUUCUUACGCCAAGGAAUGCUCACGAGAGAGGCGCUCAGCUGAGUGUUUUGCUCAAGGACGGCCUACUGGAACAUGUCGUGGAAGCUUUUGUUGAGGAAGGAAUCGUCUGCGAUAAGCGCAAACCAGGGGUUAUCCGUGUUGCGCCAGUGCCAUUGUAUUGCACCUUCCAAGAUGUAUGGAAGUUCAUGGACACCCUGAGAAAAGCCAUUGCUUAA